AUGGCAGCGGUGGAUGCGGAAAAACCUAUUUUGUGGAGAACUUUGAUAGCUAAAUUAAGAUCUGAAGGUGACAUUGUGCUUCCAGUGGCCUCAUCUGGGAUAGCAGCCACACUCUUGCCUGGGGGUCGUACUGCGCACUCUCGGUUUAAAAUUCCAAUUGUGCUUGAUGACUACUCGCUCUGCAAUAUAGGCCAGAAUUCAGACAUAGCUGAGCUUAUAAGGCAGACAAAGCUCAUCAUUUGGGACGAAGCACCUAUGCAACAUCGUUAUGCUUUUGAGUGUUUGGAUAGGUCACUGAAGAAUAUUAUGAAGUCAGUCGAUCCAAUACGUUCAACUAUGCCAUUCGGAGGAAUAACAGUUGUACUUGGUGGAGACUUUAGGCAGAUCUUACCUGUCAUUACCCAAGGCGAUAGAGGUGAAAUAGUUUCUGCAUGUAUUACAAGAUCGCGCUUAUGGUCUAUUUGUAAGAUUUUUUUACUGACCACCAAUAUGCGACUUAAUCAAGGAAAGACUGCCAAGGAAGUUGAGGAACUUUUGCAGUUUGCAAAGUGGGUUUUGGACGCAGGUGAUGGGAAGUUGCCUCUUCCAGACAAGAGUAUUCUUCCAGAUGCCAAGGAAAAUGACAUCCUGAUUCCUCCUCAGUUUUGUGAUACUGCGCAGGAGAAUACAGUUGACAACAUGAUUGAGAGUACAUUCCCGGAUUUUGUUGCCAACUGCACAGAUCCAAAAUAUUUGAGUGAAAGAGCCAUCUUAACACCUACGAAUCAAACAGUAAGUCAUCUGAAUUCACUUAUUGUCGAGAAGUUGCCUGGUGAAUCGGUUUCGUACUAUAGCGUUGACAGUGCAGAGGAAUUUGGCGGAACAGACGAGGAUUUGAACUCUGCAUUCCCAAUUGAAUAUCUCAAUUCUAUUAAUCUUCCUGGGAUGCCACCUCAUGAGAUUAAAUUAAAAGUUGGAGUGGUCGUUAUGCUUAUGAGAAAUUUGAACCAAACUUUAGGUCUCUGCAACGGAACAAGAAUGAUCAUCACUAAAUGCUUGAAGUUCUGCGUAGAAUGUGAGAUAUGCUACGUGAUGACUAUUAAUAAAGCUCAAGGUCAGUCUCUUCAAAAUAUUGGAUUGUAUCUACCAAAGGCGGUCUUUACGCAUGGUCAGUUUUAUGUGGCAAUUAGCAGAGUUACAUCUCCUCAAGGUUUAAGAAUCUUUGUUGAUGAUGAAGCUGGACAGCCAUCAAAUAUAACUCAGAAUGUGGUCUAUAAAGAAGUUUUUUAUGCUUUACCAAGAAGCUAG